CUACUAAAAGCAAAAUAAGAAGAGCAUACAGGCUAUCCACGUCGGAUUUUUUAUUUGGCCAAUCAGGUUCUUUUUUUUUUACACGUCAGACUCGGGUUUGCCUUUUGCCCGAAGUCGAGUAAGAGAUUUCGUGGGCUUCUGAUUUCUCUUUGGGCUUUAAGUUUGAUUCGGGCUUCUUUGUGUUUUUUGUGUAUCGCGAGGAGAAUCAUUUAGGUGAGCCGACAUCUAAACGAGAAGCUUCUCCUCACCAUUACCGCUUCGUGUUCUUCGAUCAAAAAGAGAACCGUAGAUUCCAUCGAUUCAAUCCUAAGCUAUCAAUAGUUCCGUUUCGAUCAAUCAAUACCCCUUCAUUAUGAUUUCUUUUCACCUCCCUCUUUUCCUCCUCUUAUAUAAUUGAUCUUCCUUCUCCGUAGAAUGCAAAACCCUAGAAAAACUCAGAUCUCAAGAUAUGGCGAUGAAACGAAAUGGAAAGUCUCCUGCGUCUUCCGAGUCUGACGAAUCAGUGAUGUUCUUCAGAGAUGUCUCUCUCGGUCCCCAUGAAACCCGGUUGCGAUUCCGACUCAUCCAUUUCUGGGAGGCUCAGAACCCGGUGAAGAAGACCCUUAUUGGUCUGGAAAUGCUUCUCAUCGACGAGCAGGGAACUGUCAUUCAAGGAUUCAUCCCACCAGGUCGUAUUAAGAAAUACCUGCCUGAGAUGAAGCGAGGUUCAGUUUACGAACUCAUCAACUUCUACGGAUCGAAGAACAAACCGAUGUAUCGGGUUGCUGAUCAUAUCGCAACCGUGUCCUUCGCAUGGAACUCUGAGUUGUCGGUUCUUCACGACAUUCCAAUCCCUUUUGAUGAAGACCGUUUCAGGAUGCAUUCGUAUGAGGAUUUUGAGGCCAACUGUGAUCUCAAAGGUGACCUCUACGAUGUUCUUGGCCACAUGAAGCUGGUUGAUGGACAGGCUCUUACCGAGCGUCCCACCAUUGAUGAAGCGAAGCUCGCUACCACUCGGCACAUUAUGGUUCACGUGCAAUCACAUGAAGGACCUGUUAUGAAGCUUUACCUCUGGGACCAGGCAGCAACGGACUUCUGCAAGAAGUUUAAGUCCUAUGAAAACACUCCCACAGUUCUUUUGGUCACAGCUGUUAACACUAAACGUCUCGGAGGUAACCUGGCACUGAGUUCUAUGUCUCCCACACGGGUUUUCAUGGACUAUGAUGUGCAACCAACAAUUGAUUACUUCGCGUGGCUCUCCUCGAACCCAGAGAUUGCUAAGCAGGUUAGUGCAGAGGUGGUCACUAAGCGGGAGACGAUGACCAUAUCUGACAUCUUCUCCUACAUGACUCUGGAAUCUGCAAAGGAUGCCUUUUUUGAGUGCACUGCCACGAUUGAUGAUGUGGUUCAUGGAUCUGCUUGGUACUAUAUUGCAUGCACUGGGUGUCAUAGUAAGGCUACCAAAGGCGCAAAUUCAUUGAUUUGCACGAACCCAAGAUGUGUGAAGGAUACCACAGCUGGAGUUGCACAGUACCGUGCAAAGAUUUCGGUCUAUGACAGCAGUGAACAAGGUUUCUUUGUCCUGCUUGGUGAUGCUGGUUUUCAGUUGACUGGGAGGCAUGCAUCUGAGUUGGUCAGCAGCUACUUUGAGGCCAAUAAAGACAAAGGUCCUGACCAUGAAGUGCCUGUCCCGGAAGCUCUGAUCAGCAUAGUCGGACAGACCCAUAAGUUCUGUGUAAAAGUUACAGACCACAACUUCUCUGGCAACACCCGAGCAAUCACUGUGACCAAGAUCCUCCCUCCGGAGACAUCAUCACCCACAAAAGGCUCCGUUGAUAACGCUAUUGCUGCAACAUCCAUGGAAGCAGUGCAGACUGGAAGUGAAGUGUGUGGGCCUUCAAAAAGCCGUGGAGAUUCUGCAGAUGAAGAGAGUAAGAGAACGUUUGACAGUGUUGAUCCAGAGAAAGUCAAACGGGCAAGGUGUGAGAAAUAAUGAUUCAGUUCGAUAAUUCUUAAGUCUUUGCAUUGAACUUCAAGUACUAUGUUGGUUUUUGCAAGUUUGCUUCAGUUUGGUACUAUUUUGGUUUUUAACAACACUUUGCUUUGUUUCUUUUCAUUUCAAACUUUGGAUUUUAAUCGAUUAAACUAUCCUUCCUAUAUAGUUUACUCAGAUCAAUUGUUUUCAUGUUUAAAUUCCUUUAUAUACACCAACUGAUUUGGCCUCA